CAUCAUUUCAUCAUACCUCAGUUACUCUUCACCUAUUAACUAACAAUUGCUUGCAGUGGAAAGCACCUGCUAACAAACGCUGCAUCAUGUCUAACCAGCUUGCUAAAAAUGCCAAAGGCUCAAGCCGCAAGCGUAAAUUUGAUACUAGAGGAUCAUCCAGAGAAGCUACAUUGUCCACUGAGACUCUAUCCGCCUCAACAAGUCCUCUGAGAUCAGAUUCGGAUGAAGAUGCAAUUGUAGAACUUGAUUUUCAAAGUGGAAAUGUUUCAUUUCACGCAAAACGCCACAAACUAUUCAUACCACCCUCUGAAAAAACUGCUGUGACUAAAGACCUUGUGUCUGUCAUUCCAAGUGAAGAAACUCAUGGAGAUGAUAAUUCUACCAGAAUGCAGUGCAGACCUCCACUAACAUACCUGUCAUGUGAUAAUCUUUCACCCAUUAAAAACCCAAGUGCAUCAUUGCCAGCUAUAUUAACACUAUCUUCAAGUAUGCUAAUGCCUGCAGACAAUCAACUAACAUGUUUAGAGAAUCAGGAUGGGGAUCGUUUGCCUGGUGUACUAAAACAAUCGCUUAGCUCAUCUAGCCAAGAAAUACCUCUAGCAACUUCUCAUCAAAGUAUAGUAUGUCAUCCUAGCUUACUUUCACCCAGUUAUAGUACUAGCCAGUCAUCAGGUGAAAAGAAACUUAUUUGCAGCGGUGAAGGAAAUGUCAAAGAAGCUGUAUCUAGUCUUAUAUUUGUUGAUGAUUAUUACUCGGCAAUGGAUGUUUGUAAUACCGGGGAAGACCUUGUUGGGGAUAUGCCAAAGGAAUCUUUGGGAGAGAUGGAAUGUGAGCAACUACAGUCUUAUAAGACUUCAAAUUAUGUCCCAAAUCCCCUAGAACAGUCGCGUCUUGUUAGGGUUGUUGGAAGUAAGGAGGAAGAACUUUGCGAGGGUUUGAAAAUGCAUUGUGAUGAGAUAAAAGCCAAAGACAUUGAACUUUAUAAAAGUAAUGUUAGGAAGGUUAAAGAAGUAACUGAUACUGGAGGGUCAAGUGACAAUUCUGUCAAAGACAUUCCAAAUGAACCAUUAGUAACUAAGAAAAUAUCUUAUCAACAAUGUGAGAACGAGGCUAUGAUUAGAACCGAUGACAGCAUACAUGUAAGGACUGUUUCUGAAACAAAGACUUCACCAAGAGCUACAAGUUCAAAGGAUCACUCUCAGUCUCUUGUAAAACAAACUUUGAAGGGGAGUUCCACUUCAGAAUUUGGGAAAAUGUUACCAAGAAGUGUUGCAUUACAUGUACAGAGUGGAAACAUUGGGCCAAGUCAAAUGAGAAGAGCCAUAGCUAGGGACAAAGCCCAGAAAGAACCCAGACAACCUUCUUUGAAAUCUGGAAAAGCUCUGAAGGGUUGUAAAUUGGGCACGAGUAGCAAAGUCAAAGGACAAUCAGUCCCUGUACUAGAGGAUAGUGCGACAUGUAUACCAUUGGCGGGUGAAGAGGAGAUGGAAGAUUCUGACAGUUUAUCUUCUAAAGAAUUGACAGACAGGACAGGACAAACUAUGUCAGAAGAAGAUAAAAUGGAAACGGAUGAUAAAUGUAGGGUUGAUCAUGUGCAUGGCCAUGAGCAUGAUGUUAUAGAUUCUUUAGUUACACAAGAUGAGAUGAUGGAAAAUGAAGGGAAGAAGGAUGAAAGUUUUGAUGGGGAAGGGUCAUCGAUACCAAGGUUACCAGAGUCCUACUCUGAUCUUCAAGAAUCUGGUCUAGCAGCUAUUGAUCUCUUUUCU